GAGACGCGCUGACGGCUUUCUGGGAUUUGUAGUUCUCGCGCCGCGUUCACGCGUUCGCUCCGCCGGUGGAAAAACUACAUAUCCCAGACUUCCGUGAAACAAUAAAGAUCGUCGACGCGAGGGGCGCUGGUCAUUCCGGUGAAGCGUCGGAGUCCGUGAUACAGCGGCUCUCUCUCACAGCUCGAUCACCGGCUCUUUGCGCUUCGUCGCGGCGGGACAUGUCUGACGGUGGCGGAGGAGAGGACGGCGGCGGCGGGAUGGAGGUCUCUGCCGCCGUGCAGACGGUAGCGGACGCGUCGGUGCUGCAGAAACACUUCCGAAAGCUGGUGCCGCUGCUGCUGGAAGAUGGCGGCGACGCUCCCGCUUCUCUGGAGAGCGCGCUGGAGGAGAAGAGCUCGCUGGAGCAGAUGAGGAAGUUCCUCGCGGAUCCUCAGGUGCAUUCACUGUUAAUAAGCGAUUCAUCUCUCAAAAAGGAUGUUAGUGAUGAAGGCGAGGAGGAGCGCGAGUGCAUUUCCUACAGCAUCAGCAUCGACAUCCAUUACGGGCUCAAAUCCAACAGCCUGGCCCUGAUCAAGCGGACCGGAGUGAUUGAUGCGGACAAACCCAUCUCCACUCAGGUGCGAGUUCUGACUCUGAGCGAAGACUCUCCGUACGAGACGCUGCACUCCUUCAUCAGCAAUGCUGUGUCUCCGUACUUCAAAUCCUACAUCCGAGAGUCUGGCAAAGCCGACAGGGAUGGAGAUAAGAUGGCCCCUUCGGUGGAGAAGAAGAUCGCGGAGCUGGAGAUGGGCUUACUGCACCUGCAGCAGAACAUCGAGAUCCCCGAGAUCAGCCUGCUCAUCCACCCCAUCAUCACCAACGUGGCCAAGCAGUGCUACGAGCGCGCAGAGAAGCCCAAGGUCACAGACUUCGGGGAUAAAGUGGAGGAUCCCAGCUUCCUGAACCAGCUGCAGUCUGGAGUCAACCGCUGGAUCCGGGAGAUACAGAAGGUGACUAAACUGGACCGAGACCCUGCGUCUGGAACGGCUCUGCAGGAGAUCAGCUUCUGGCUGAACCUGGAGCGAGCCCUGAACCGCAUCCAGGAGAAGAGGGAGAGUCCGGAGGUGCUGCUGACGCUCGACAUCCUCAAACACGGCAAACGCUUCCACGCCACGGUCAGCUUCGACACCGACACAGGCCUGAAGCAGGCUGUGGAGACGGUGAACGACUACAACCCUCUGAUGAAGGACUUUCCCCUCAACGAUCUCCUGUCGGCCACUGAGCUCGACAAGAUCCGUCAGGCGCUGAUGGCCAUCUUCAAUCACCUGCGCAAGAUCCGGAACACCAAGUACCCCAUCCAGCGCGCGCUGCGUCUGGUGGAGGCCAUCUCCAGAGACCUGAGCUCUCAGCUGCUCAAAGUGCUGGGCACUCGCAAGCUCAUGCACGUGGCGUACGAGGAGUUUGAGAAGGUGAUGGUGGCGUGUUUCGAGGUCUUCCAGACGUGGGAGGACGAGUACGAGAAGCUGCAGGUGCUUCUGAGGGACAUUGUGAAGAGGAAGAGGGAGGAGAACCUGAAGAUGGUGUGGCGUCUCAGUCCGGCCCACCGCAAGCUCCAGGCCCGCUUGGACCACAUGCGGCGCUUCAGACGGCAACACGAGCAGCUGAGAGCCGUCAUCGUUCGUGUGCUCAGACCUCAGGUGUCCGCCGUGUCCCAGCAUGCUCAGGGAAAGACGGCCGAGCCCGACGAUAUGAAGGUGGCCGAGGUGCUCUUCGAUGCCGCAGAUGUCAACGCCAUCGAGGAAGUCAAUUUGGCCUACGAAAAUGUGAAGGAAGUGGACGGACUGGACGUGGAUGAUCUUCUUCUGCUCGAGGAGAAGAUUGAUCUGGAGGUGCGCUCGCUGGAAACCUGCAUGUACGAGAAUAAGAUGUUCACGGAGAUCCUCAACCGCAUCCAGAAGGCUGUGGACGACCUGAACCUGCACUCGUACUCCAACCUGCCCAUCUGGGUCAAUAAACUGGACAUCGAGAUCGAGCGCAUCCUCGGGGUGCGUCUGCAGGCGGGUCUCAAAACCUGGACGCAGGUUCUCAUGGGACAGAUGGAGGACAAGGCUGAUGUGGACAUGGACACCGAGGCUCCUCAAGUCAGUCACAAGCCCGGCGGAGAUCCCAAGAUUAAGAAUGUCAUCCAUGAAUUGAGGAUCACGAACCAGGUGAUCUAUCUGAACCCGCCGAUCGAAGACUGCCGCUACAGGCUUUACCAGGAGAUGUUUGCUUGGAAGAUGGUCAUUCUGUCUCUACCCAGAAUCCAGAGUCAGAGAUAUCAGGUCGGCGUUCACUACGAGUUAUCAGAAGAGGAGAAGUUCUACAGGAACGCUCUGACCAGGAUGCCUGACGGUCCAGCACCUCUUUCAGAGUCUGUUUGCUUGUUGUCGCUGCAGGGCAGUCUGCGUCCAGAGGAGGCGCUGCAGUCGCUCACCAUCUACGAGGGCAAGUUCGGGCGUCUGAAGGACGACAGAGAGAAGUGUGCGAAGGCCAAAGAGGCGCUGGAGCUGACGGACACGGGUCUGCUGAGCAGCAGCGAGGAGAGAGUGCAGGUGGCUCUGGAGGAGCUGCAGGAUCUGAAGGGUGUUUGGUCGGAGCUGUCGAAGGUCUGGGAGCAGAUCGAUCAGAUGAAGGAGCAGCCGUGGGUCUCUGUGCAGCCGCGGAAGCUGCGCCAGAGUCUGGACGCUCUCCUCAACCAGCUGAAGAACUUCCCCGCCCGUCUGCGGCAGUACGCCUCCUACGAGUACGUGCAGAGACUGCUCAAGGGGUACAUGAAGGUGAACAUGCUGGUGAUCGAGCUGAAGUCGGAGGCGCUGAAGGACCGGCACUGGAAGCAGCUGAUGAAGCGUCUGCAUGUGAACUGGGUUCUGUCCGAGCUGAGUCUGGGUCAGAUCUGGGACGUGGACCUGCAGAAGAACGAGAUGGUGGUGAAGGACGUGCUGCUGGUGGCGCAGGGAGAGAUGGCUCUCGAGGAGUUCCUCAAGCAGAUUCGUGAAGUUUGGAACUCGUAUGAGCUCGACCUCGUCAACUAUCAGAACAAGUGCCGCCUGAUUCGUGGAUGGGACGAUCUGUUCAACAAAGUCAAGGAGCACAUCAACAGCGUGUCUGCCAUGAAGCUCUCGCCCUACUACAAGGUGUUCGAGGAGGACGCUCUGAGCUGGGAGGACAAACUCAACCGCAUCAUGGCUCUGUUUGAUGUCUGGAUCGACGUGCAGCGCCGCUGGGUUUACCUGGAAGGCAUUUUCACAGGAAGUGCAGACAUCAAACACCUGCUUCCUGUGGAGACGCAGCGCUUCCAGAGCAUCAGCACAGAGUUUCUGGCCCUGAUGAAGAAGGUGACCAAGUCUCCUCUGGUCAUGGACGUCCUGAACAUUCAGGGGGUUCAGAGGUCGCUGGAGAGACUCGCUGACCUGCUGGGAAAGAUCCAGAAAGCACUGGGAGAAUAUCUGGAGAGAGAGCGCUCGUCUUUCCCCAGGUUCUACUUUGUUGGUGAUGAAGAUCUGCUGGAGAUCAUCGGCAACAGUAAGAAUGUGGCCAAACUGCAGAAACACUUCAAGAAAAUGUUCGCUGGAGUUUCGAGCAUCCUGCUGAACGAGGACAACACUGAGGUGCUGGGCAUCUCGUCCCGAGAGGGAGAGGAGGUGCUCUAUAAGACGCCGGUGUCCAUCACGGAGCAUCCGAAGAUCAACGAGUGGCUGACGCUGGUGGAGCGUGAGAUGCGGGUGACGCUGGCUAAGCUGCUGGCUGAGUCCGUCACGGAGGUGGGCGCCUUCAACAAGAGCACGGGCAUCGACCUGAGCACCUACAUCAACUGGAUCGACCGAUACCAGGCCCAGCUGGUGGUUCUGUCCACUCAGAUCGACUGGUCUGAGAACGUGGAGAGCGCUCUGACCACCAUCGGUGGCGGGGAAGACAUGGGUCCGAUGCAGGCCGUGCUGGCCAACGUGAAGGCGACGCUCAACCUGCUGGCCGACACGGUUCUGAUGGAGCAGCCGCCGCUGCGCAGGAAGAAGCUGGAGCACCUGAUCACGGAGUUGGUGCACCAGAGAGACGUGACCAGAACUCUGAUCAAGAACAAGAUCGACAACCCUAAAUCCUUCGAGUGGCUCAGCCAGAUGCGCUUCUACUUCGACCCCAAGCAGACCGACGUCCUGCAGCAGCUCUCCAUUCAGAUGGCCAACGCUAAGUUCAACUACGGCUUCGAGUACCUGGGUGUGCAGGAGAAGCUGGUGCAGACGCCGCUGACCGACCGCUGCUACCUGACCAUGACGCAGGCGCUGGAGGCCCGUCUGGGAGGAUCGCCCUUCGGUCCUGCUGGAACGGGGAAGACCGAGUCUGUCAAAGCUCUGGGUCACCAGCUGGGCCGCUUCGUCCUAGUCUUCAACUGCGACGAGACCUUUGACUUCCAGGCGAUGGGCCGCAUCUUUGUGGGUCUGUGUCAGGUGGGAGCCUGGGGCUGCUUCGACGAGUUCAACCGUCUGGAGGAGCGCAUGCUGUCUGCCGUGUCUCAGCAGGUCCAGUACAUCCAGGUGGCGCUGAGAGAACACAGCAACCCCAACCGAGACUGCAGUGUGCCCGUCACCACAGAGCUGCUGAACAAACAGGUGAAGGUGAGUGCUGAGAUGGCCAUCUUCAUCACCAUGAACCCUGGUUACGCCGGACGCUCCAACCUGCCCGAUAACCUCAAGAAGCUCUUCAGGAGUCUGGCCAUGACCAAACCGGACCGGCAGCUGAUCGCUCAGGUCAUGCUGUACUCUCAGGGCUUCCGCACCGCUGAGAUCCUCGCCAAGAAGAUCGUCCCGUUCUUCAAGUUGUGUGACGAGCAGCUGUCGUCUCAGUCUCACUAUGACUUCGGUCUGCGAGCGCUCAAGAGCGUGCUGAUCAGCGCCGGGAACGUCAAGAGAGAACGCAUCCAGAAGAUCAAGAGAGAGAAGCGUGAGCGCGGCGAGGACGUGGAUGAGAACGAGAUCGCAGAGAACCUUCCGGAGCAGGAGAUUCUGAUCCAGAGCGUGUGUGAGACCAUGGUGCCGAAGCUGGUGGCCGAGGACAUCCCGCUGCUCUUCAGCCUGCUCUCUGACGUGUUCCCCGGCGUCCAGUACAUGCGCGGAGAGAUGACGGCGCUGCGAGAGGAGCUGAGGAAGGUCUGCGCUGAGAUGUACCUCACGUACGGAGACGGAGACGACGUGGGCAGCAUGUGGGUGGAAAAGGUGCUGCAGCUCUAUCAGAUCACGCAGAUCAAUCACGGGCUGAUGAUGGUCGGUCCAUCGGGCAGCGGGAAGACCAUGGCCUGGAGAGUCCUGCUCAAAGCCCUGGAGAGGCUGGAGGGCUUGGAGGGCAUUGCUCACAUCAUCGACCCCAAAGCCAUCAGCAAAGACCACCUGUACGGCACGCUGGACCCCAACACUCGCGAGUGGACAGACGGGCUCUUCACACACGUGCUCAGAAAGAUCAUCGAUAACGUUCGCGGAGAGCUGCAGAAGCGGCAGUGGAUCAUCUUUGACGGUGACGUGGAUCCGGAGUGGGUGGAGAAUCUGAACUCUGUGCUGGACGACAACAAACUCCUGACCCUUCCCAACGGAGAGCGUCUCAGCCUGCCGCCCAACGUAUGGAGCAAGCCUCUUGUGUUUAAUCCACAGAUCCAGAGAGACGCUGCUGCAGUUCUCCAGCCGUAUUUCACCUCCACUGGUCUGGUGAUCAAAGCUCUGGAACACGCGUCAAAGAUGGAGCACAUCAUGGACUUCACGCGUCUGCGCUCGCUGAGUUCGCUCUUCUCCAUGCUGCAUCAGGCCUGCCGCAACGUGGCCCUCUACAACAACAACCACCAUGAUUUCCCCAUGCCCAUCGACCAGCUGGAGAAAUACAUGCAGAAAUACCUCAUCUACGCGGUGCUGUGGUCCUUCUCGGGUGACAGCAGGCUGAAGAUGCGAGCGGAGCUGGGAGAAUACAUUCGCCGCAUCACCACCGUGUCUCUCCCGUCCGCGCCGAACGUGCCGAUCAUCGACUACGAGGUGUCCAUCACGGGCGAGUGGCAGUCCUGGCAGGUGAAGGUGCCUCAGAUCGAGGUGGAGACGCACAAGGUGGCCUCGCCGGACGUGGUGGUGCCCACUCUGGACACGGUGCGUCACGAGGCUCUGCUCUACACCUGGCUGGCCGAACACAAGCCUCUGGUGCUCUGUGGGCCGCCGGGCUCCGGGAAAACCAUGACCCUGUUCAGUGCCCUGAGAGCCCUGCCGGACAUGGAGGUGGUGGGUUUGAACUUCUCCAGCGCUACGACUCCGGAGCUGCUGCUGAAGACCUUCGAUCAUUACUGCGAGUACCGCAGGACUCCUAACGGCGUGGUUCUGGCUCCGGUGCAGCUGGGUAAGUGGCUGGUGCUCUUCUGCGACGAGAUCAACCUGCCCGACAUGGACAAGUACGGCACGCAACGGGUCAUCUCCUUCAUCAGACAGAUGGUGGAGCACGGCGGCUUCUACCGCACCUCAGACCAGACCUGGGUGAAGCUGGAGCGGAUCCAGUUCGUCGGGGCCUGUAACCCUCCCACAGACCCCGGCAGGAAGCCGCUCUCGUACAGGUUUUUGCGUCACGUGCCAGUGGUGUAUGUGGACUAUCCCGGCCCCGCCUCGCUCACGCAGAUCUACGGCACCUUCAACAGAGCCAUGCUCAGACUCAUCCCGUCGCUGCGGACCUUUGCUGAGCCGCUCACGGCGGCCAUGGUCGAGUUCUACACUAUGUCUCAGGAGCGGUUCACUCAGGACACGCAGCCGCACUACAUCUACUCCCCGAGAGAGAUGACCCGCUGGGUCCGAGGCAUCUUUGAGGCGCUGCGGCCGCUGGAGACGCUGCCUGUGGAGGGUCUGAUUCGCAUCUGGGCUCACGAAGCACUGCGACUCUUCCAGGACCGAUUGGUGGAGGAUGAGGAGAGACGCUGGACAGAUGAGAACAUAAACAUGGUCGCCCUCAAACACUUUCCUAACAUCGACCGUGACAAAGCCCUUAACAGACCCAUCCUGUACAGCAACUGGCUCUCCAAGGACUACAUUCCCGUGGAGCAGGAGGAGCUGCGGGACUAUGUGAAGGCCAGACUGAAGGUGUUCUACGAGGAGGAGCUGGACGUUCCUCUGGUGCUCUUCAAUGAGGUUCUGGAUCACGUGCUGAGGAUCGACAGAAUCUUCCGUCAGCCGCAGGGUCACCUGCUCCUGAUCGGCGUCAGCGGUGCUGGAAAGACCACGCUCUCCCGCUUCGUGGCCUGGAUGAACGGACUGACUGUCUAUCAGAUCAAGGUCCACAGGAAAUACACCGGCGAGGACUUUGACGAAGACCUGCGGACAGUGCUCCGCCGCUCCGGCUGCAAGAACGAGAAGAUCGCCUUCAUCAUGGACGAGUCGAACGUGCUGGACUCCGGCUUCCUGGAGCGCAUGAACACGCUGCUGGCCAACGGAGAGGUGCCCGGCCUGUUCGAGGGCGACGAAUACGCCACCCUGAUGACGCAGUGCAAGGAAGGAGCGCAGAAGGAGGGCUUGAUGCUGGACACCCAUGAGGAGCUGUACAAAUGGUUCACCAGUCAGGUGAUCAGGAACCUGCACGUGGUGUUCACCAUGAACCCGUCAUCGGAGGGGCUGAAGGACAGAGCGGCCACCUCACCUGCCCUCUUCAACAGGUGUGUGCUCAACUGGUUUGGGGAUUGGUCCACUGAAGCGCUCUAUCAGGUGGGUAAAGAGUUCACCAGCAAGAUGGACCUGGAGAAGCCCAACUACAAAGUGCCGGACUACAUGCCCACCGUGUACGACAAGCUGCCGCAGCUGCCCACGCACCGCGAGGCUAUCGUCAACGGCUGCGUGUUCGUGCAUCAGACGCUGCACCAGGCUAACAACCGUCUGGCGAAGCGCGGCGGCCGCACUAUGGCCAUCACCCCGCGACACUACCUGGACUUCAUCAACCACUACGCCAACCUGUUCAACGAGAAGCGCAGCGAGCUGGAGGAGCAGCAGAUGCAUCUGAACGUGGGUCUGCGCAAAAUCAAAGAGACCGUCGAUCAGGUGGAGGAGCUGCGGCGCGACCUGCGGAUCAAGAGUCAGGAGCUGGAGGUCAAGAACGCUGCUGCCAACGACAAGCUGAAGAAGAUGGUGAAAGACCAGCAGGAGGCCGAGAAGAAGAAGGUCAUGAGUCAGGAUAUACAGGAAGCGGUUUACAAGCAGCAGGAAGUGAUUAAAGUCAAGCAGCUGAGCGUGAAGCAGGAUUUGGACCAGGUGGAGCCGGCCGUCAUCGAGGCUCAGAACGCGGUCAGCUCGAUUAAGAAGCAGCAUCUGGUUGAGGUUCGCGCUAUGGCCAACCCUCCGGCAGCCGUUAAACUGGCUCUAGAGUCGAUCUGCCUCCUGCUGGGGGAGGAAACUAGUGACUGGAAAAAGAUCAGACAAGUUAUUGUCAGAGACAAUUUCAUCUCCAGCAUAGUCAACUUUGUCUCUGAGGACACGAGUGACUCCAUCCGUGAGAAGAUGAAGAAGAACUACAUGUCCAACCCCAGCUACAACUACGAGCAGGUGAACCGGGCGUCUCUGGCCUGCGGGCCGAUGGUCAAGUGGGCCAUCGCUCAGCUGAAUUACGCAGACAUGCUGAAGCGGGUCGAGCCGCUGAGGAACGAGCUGCAGAAGCUGGAGGACGACGCUAAAGACAACAAGACGAAGGCCGAGGAGGUGGAGCAGAUGAUCCGGGAUCUGGAGAACAGCAUCGCACGCUAUAAGGAGGAGUACGCCGUGCUCAUCUCUGAAGCGCAGGCCAUCAAAGCUGAUCUGGCUGCUGUGGAGGCGAAGGUGAACCGCAGCACAGCCCUGCUGAAGAGUUUAUCUGCUGAGAGAGAGCGAUGGGAAAAGACCAGCGAGACCUUCAAGAACCAGAUGUCCACCAUCGCCGGAGACUGUCUGCUCUCCGCCGCCUUCAUCGCUUACGCUGGUUACUUUGACCAGCAGAUGAGACAGAACCUCUUCACCACCUGGUCCCAUCACCUCCAGCAGGCCAACAUUCAGUUCCGCACAGACAUCGCCAGGACGGAGUAUCUGUCCAAUGCAGACGAGAGGCUGCGCUGGCAGGCCAACUCACUGCCCGCUGACGACCUGUGCACCGAGAACGCCAUCAUGCUGAAGCGCUUCAACCGGUAUCCGCUCAUCAUCGACCCAUCAGGGCAGGCCACGGAGUUCAUCUUGAACGAAUAUAAAGACAAAAAGAUCACCCGCACCAGCUUUUUGGAUGAUGCCUUCAGGAAGAAUUUGGAGAGCGCUCUGAGAUUCGGCAACCCUCUGCUGGUGCAGGACGUGGAGAGCUACGACCCCAUACUGAACCCGGUGCUCAACCGAGAGGUGCGCAGGACCGGCGGCCGAGUGCUCAUCACGCUCGGAGAUCAGGACAUCGAUCUGUCUCCUUCCUUCGUCAUCUUCCUCUCCACACGAGACCCCACGGUGGAGUUCCCUCCUGACCUUUGCUCUCGUGUGACCUUCGUGAACUUCACGGUGACCCGCAGCAGCCUGCAGAGCCAGUGUCUCAACGAGGUCCUGAAGGCCGAGCGUCCGGACGUGGACGAGAAGCGAUCGGACCUGCUGAAGCUGCAGGGUGAGUUCCAGCUGCGUCUGCGUCAGCUGGAAAAAUCACUGCUGCAGGCCCUGAAUGAGGUCAAGGGUCGCAUCCUGGAUGACGACACCAUCAUCACCACCCUGGAGAACCUGAAGAAGGAGGCGGCGGAGGUGACCAGGAAAGUGGAGGAAACCGACAUCGUCAUGCAAGAAGUGGAGACGGUGUCUCAGCAGUAUCUGUCUCUGUCCUCGGCCUGCAGCAGCAUCUACUUCACCAUGGAGGCUCUGAACCAGGUCACGUGUGUGUGUGUCUGUUUGUUUGUGUGUGUGUAUCUCUGUGUGCGUCUCUCUCUGUGUGUGUGUGUGUGUGUGUGUGUGUGUCUGUGUGCGUUCGCUCGAGGCAUGCUGCAUCAGGACCACGUCACGUUUGCCAUGCUGCUCUCACGAAUCAACCUGAAGGGCAUGACCAGCGAGCCGUCAUUCGACGCAGAGUUCCAGCACUUCUUGCGUGGGAAAGAGAUUGUGUUGAGUGGGACGACGGUGCCGAAAGUCAAGGGUUUGAGCAGCGAGCAGUCCGAGGCCAUGGUGCGCCUCAGCCGUCUGCCUGCGUUUAAAGACCUGGUGGCCAAAGUGCAGGCCGACGAGCAAUUCUUCAUGUGGAUCGAGAGCAACUCGCCGGAGCUGUCAGUGCCAUAUCUGUGGACCGAAGAGAAGACGUCCACUCUAAUCGGUCAGGCAGUCCACCAGCUGCUGCUGAUCCAGGCGUUCAGACCCGACCGUCUGCUGGCCAUGACACACAUCUUCGUGUCUAAAGUCAUGGGAGAAAACUUCAUGGCCAUCAUGGAACAGCCGCUGGACCUGGCUAACAUCGUGGACAGUGAGGUGAAGCCGGGGACGCCGGUGCUGAUGUGCUCCGUGCCCGGAUACGAUGCCAGCGGAUUGGUGCGGGAUCUCGCAGCUGAGCAGAACAAACACAUCACCUCCAUUUCCAUCGGUAAGAGCCUUCAGCACCCGUAUCUCCCUCAGGUCCCUGUGAACCUGCUGCGGGCCGGACGUAUCUGUGUGUUCGAGCCUCCUCCCGGGAUGAAGGCUAAUAUGCUGCGCACGUUCAGCAGUAUUCCUGUGGCACGCAUGUGUAAGUCUCCAAACGAAAGAGCUCGCUUGUACUUCCUCCUGGCCUGGUUCCACGCCGUCAUCCAGGAGCGCCUGCGUUACGCCCCGCUGGGCUGGUCUAAGAAGUACGAGUUCGGAGAGUCGGAUCUGCGCUCGGCCUGCGACACGGUGGACACCUGGCUGGACGAUACGGCGAAGGGCCGGCAGAACAUCUCUCCGGAUAAGAUCCCGUGGGCGGCGCUGAGGACGCUGAUGGCCCAGUCCAUCUACGGAGGACGCAUCGACAACGAGUUCGACCAGCGGCUGCUCAACACCUUCCUGGAGCGUCUCUUCACCACCAGCAGCUUCGACAGCGAGUUCAAGCUGGCGCUCAAAGUGGACGGACACAAGGACAUCAAGAUGCCCGACGGGAUCCGGCGUGAGGAGUUCAUUCACUGGGUGGAGUUGCUGCCGGACACUCAGACUCCAUCAUGGCUGGGUCUGCCGAGUAACGCGGAGAAGGUCCUGCUCACUACUCAGGGCAUUGACAUGAUGGGGAAGCUGCUGAAAAUGCAGAUGUUGGAGGAUGAGGACGAUCUGGCGUACGAGACGGAGAAGAAGCAGCGCAGCACGUCCUCGUCUGACGCGCAGCCGGCCUGGAUGAGGACUCUUCACACCACGGCUCGUAACUGGCUGCAGCUGAUCCCGGAGUCUGUGAGCCCGCUCAAACGCACCGUGGAGAACAUCAAGGAUCCUCUGUUCCGGUUCUUCGAGCGCGAGGUGAAGAUGGGCUCGCGGAUGCUGCAGGACGUGCGUCAGGAUCUCACCGAUGUGGUGCAUGUGUGCGAGGGCAAGAAGAAGCAGACCAACGACCUGCGCACGCUCAUCAACGACCUGGUCAAAGGCAUCCUGCCCCGCAGCUGGAGCCGCUACACCGUCCCCGCAGCCAUGACCGUCAUCCAGUGGGUGGCAGACUUCAGCGAGCGGAUCAAGCAGCUGCAGCAGAUCUCACAGGGAGCGGCCAGCGGCGGCGCUAAAGAGCUCAAGAACAUCCAUGUGAACCUGGGCGGUCUGUUCGUGCCGGAGGCCUACAUCACAGCCACGCGUCAGUACGUGGCUCAGGUCAACAGCUGGUCUCUGGAGGAGCUGUGUCUGGAGGUGAAUGUGACGUCUGCGCAGGGAGCGGCGCUGGACGCCUGCAGCUUCGGCAUCAGAGGUCUGAAGCUGCAGGGGGCCACCUGCGCCAACAACAAGCUCUCUCUGUCCACCAGCAUCUCCACUGAACUGCCGCUGACGCAGCUGCACUGGAUGAAGCAGAGCAACACCGAGAAGAGGAGCAUGGUCACGCUGCCCGUGUAUCUGAACUUCACACGCUCAGACCUCAUCUUCACCGUCGACUUCGACAUCGCCACCAAAGAAGACCCGCAUCACUUCUACGAGCGCGGAGUCGCCAUCCUCUGCACCGACUAGAUGCUGCUUAACCAGCCGCUUAUCUUUACUAAUCAUUCCUGUUAGUGUAGUGCGCUAAAACAUAGCUUUGCAUGCCGUGUUUAACUGGGAAGGGUUCAGAGGGUCAGACGAACGUUGGAAGAUGGGUUGUGUUGGGGUUUCUGAGGCAGAUGUUUUAGAACCGAUGGGAUUGUGUGUGUGUUUUAGAUGGAAAAAUGGAAGUUGAUUCAAGUUUUGCAUGAUUGGUGGUUUCCAAUAAAGCUCAUUUAGAU